AUGGGCCAGCAGCUGCCCAAUGGGUUUCCCUCCCCUUCAGCUGCUCCCAAUGCUGCUGCUGGCAAUGCCGCUGCUCCUAGUGCAGCAAUUGGAGCAGCAGCAGCAGCAGCAGCAUCAGCUGGUGCAGCAGCGCCAGCAGCAGGAGCAGCGGGUAGGUGUGGGAGCGGUGGAGUGCGGCGGGAUGCGGAGGUGAGGGCGUGGAGUGGGGUGGUGAGAGGAGAAGCGGCAUUGCCUGCAGAAACAGCUGCAACUUCUGCGGCAGCAGCAGUAGCAGUAGCAGCAACAGCAACAGCAGCAGCAACAGCAGCAGCAACAGCAGCAGCGGCGGCGCCUGAUGCGUCCGUUGUUUCUGGCGCCACAGGUGGUAACCACGUGGGAAUCUCCAGCAGCGUUAGUAGCAGCAUCCCAGCCGUUAGCAGCACAGGCGCGAAUGUCAUUGUCACCCCCGAUGGUCCGCGGCCAGUCGUCAGUGUGGCUAAUGCGAGUGUGCUCGUAAGGGACUUGGGGCCGAGCCUAGCAGAGGGGGGAGGGGGCGGAGGAGGAGACGAGAAGAACGGGGAGUUGGAAAGGUUGGCUGGAGAGGGAGGGGGAGGAGGAGGAGGAGGAGGAGGAGGACAUGUGGCAUCGGAGGGCGCCUUGUCAGUCUCCCGUCCCCUUCCCUCACUCCUUUGCUCAUCCCCCUUCCCCCCUCCCCUUCCGUCCCCCAUCCUCUCUCAACCCCCACAAAACCCCUCCGCAGCUGUGGCGGCAUGGCCUGUGGUUGGUCAGAAUCACCACGUGGGCUCAGCAGCAGGCAGGGAGAGCCACGUGGGCAGAGAAGAGAGAGGGCCGUGGGUGGGACGCAAGGUGGGGGAGGGAGUGCCGCAGCAGCUCACAGCAGCACCGGAGUUUGGGGCGCAGAACGGGACAUUGGAGGGAGGGAGAGAAGCACAGAGCGCCAGUGGUAGUGGCGUCAGCUUUACCGGUGUCAGCUCUGGUAGUGUUGCUGGUGGUAGUGGUCUGAUUGGUGGCAGUAUCGCACCCCUUGCUGCUGCUGGCAGUGCUGCCAGUGGCACCGCUGGUUCCGCUGCUAGUUUCCCUGCUGCUUCUUCCGCGCCUGCUGUCGCUUCUCGUCUGCCUCCUUCUCUUCCUCCUCCUGCUGCUGCUGCUGCUGCUGCUUCGCCUGCAGCCGUGGCCGCCUUUCCAGCGGCAUCCUCAGCGUUUGCUGCAGCGGCUGCUGCUGCUGAGUUUGUGCCAGCUUCUGUUUCCAGGGCUGUGGUGUAUAAUGAGGAGUCGACGGUACUCAAGGCAGCAGGAGCAGCAGCAGCCGGGGCAGCAGGGGAAGGGGUUGCAGGGGCAGCCGGGGCAGCCGGGGCAGGGGCAGGGUCAGCAUUGACAGGGGGAACAGGGCCAGGGGCAGCAGCAGCGUCUGGGGCAGUAACAGGGGCAGGGGCUGCAGGGGCUGCAGGGGCAGGGCCGGUGGGAGAUCUGUACAUCCGCGGGCUGUCCUGGGGUACAUCGUCUGAUAGCCUGCGCCAGUACUUCUCUCAAUUCGGCGAGGUGUCCCUGUGCUCUGUUAUCACGGAGCCCAGUGGGCGCUCCAGGGGCUACGGCUUUGUCAACUUCAGUGAUUCAGAGGCCAUCGCACGUGUUCUCAGCCAAGACCACAUCAUUGACAACAGACAGGUGCAAAUACGGCCGCCACGUGAUUUUCAACUGCCGCAACAGCAAUCACCACUGCAACCACCACACUCCUCCAAUGCCCUCCUCUCAUCAACUCCACCACCCCUCUCCGCUUCUUCAUCCUCCUCAUCCUCCUCCCACUCCUCUCUCUCCUCCACUGCUCCCCCCCUAUCCUCCUUCUCCCCUUCCUCCUCCGCCCCCUCGAGCAUUCUCUCCCUAUCGUCCCGUGCUUCGCAUCUGGACUCCCAUUCGUCUGCCCCUGCAGCUGCCUAUCCCGCUCACCUCUCAGAUAACCCACUAGCAGACGCUAGCAGAUGGCAGCCGCAUCAGUACCAGCAGCACCAGCAGUACCAGCAGCACCAGCACCAGCAGCAGAACCAGCAGCAGAACCAGAACCAGCAGCAGCAGCAGCAGCAGCGGGGAGGGUCAAUGAGGGAGGCGGAGCAGAGGAGAAAGGUGUUUGUGGGGAUUCUAGGCUCUCCAGACGCUCUCUCUGCCGAUGAAAUGCGUUCCUACUUUCUCAAGUACGGCCCUGUGGCGGACCUGUUCCAUCCGCAGCCCAGCAGGGGCUUUGCCUUUGUGACCUUCCAAACAGAAGAUGCUGCCCGCUCCGCUAUGCAGGUGCGUGCAUUAUGCAGGUGCGUGCAUUAUGCAGGUGCGUGCAUUACGCUGGUGCGUGCAUUACGCAGGUGCGUGCAUUAUGCAGGUGCGUGCAUUAUGCAGGUGCGUGCAUUACGCAGGUGCGUGCAUUAUGCAGGUGCGUGCAUUAUGCAGGUGCGUGCAUUACGCAGGUGCGUGCAUUAUGCAGGUGCGUGCAUUAUGCAGGUGCGUGCAUUAUGCAGGUGCGUGCAUUAUGCAGGUGCGUGCAUUAUGCAGCAUCAACGCUAUCUCCUCCCUUUUCCACCUACCCUCCCAGCACCAACGCUAUCUCCUCUCUUUUCCACCUACCCUCCCAGCACCAACGCUAUCUCCUCCUUUGUCGUCCUUCCCACGGAGACGCCUUCUGAUGCCCUCUCCUCCUCCUCCCUUCCCCUCGCCACACGUGGUGCUGUCUGUCUUCAGGUGAAUGAAGGAGCAGGUCAUCGCAGCGGUGAGGAUUCAAUGUCCUGCUGUGCCAAUGUUCUUCCUUCCUCCCCUUUCCCUCCGUGGCUGGCACUCGUUGGGUUGUUGUGCUGUCUGCAGGUGAAGGAGCAGGUCAUUGCCGGGCACUGGUCCUCUUGCAUGAAUCCGCUCCGCAUGAAUCCGCUCCUCCCGUCUUCCCCUCCCUGUCCACUGCACUGCACCCCCAUACAAGCAGCGUUCUUGGACCCGGCGUCCCUGGGUGGUGCGGGAGCGUCCCCCUUGGGUGCGCCGCUGCCCAGCAUGCAGCAGCUGCAGCUGGCCACACAGGCCAUGCAGCUACAGGCGCAGAUGGCCCAGCUACACAUGCACCAGCAGCACUCCCUGCAGCAGCAGCAGCAGCAGCAGCAGCAGCAGCAGUACCUGCCUCACCUGCAGCAGCAGCGGAAGGAGGAGGAGGACAAAGAGAAGGAGGGGGAGGGGGAGAAGGAAAAGGGAAAGGUGGAGAAGGAGGGUGGGAAGGAGGAACGGGAGCACGAAGGGGAGGAGGAGGGGCUGCAAGGAGAGCGGGAUAAGGCGGGGGGGUUAGAAGACGGAGAGGAGAAGGGUGAGGAGGAAGCAGGGGGCGAGCGUGGAUUUGGAAAUGAUAUUUCGGCCCAUGGGCAGGGGAGCGAAAUUAAGGGCUCUAGCGACGAGGGGCAACGAGAGGAGCAGCAGCAACAGCAGCAGCAGCUGCUACUUCAGCAGCAGCACCAGCAGCAGCAGCAGGAGCUGCAGCAACUACUGCUCCAAGCACAGUCGCUCCAGAACCCCCUACCCAACCUCCCUCUCUCUUCCAACCCUCUCACGUCGCCCUUCUCGCCCCUGCCUCUGCCUUUGGCAUUCAACCCUAUGCUUAACCCAGCUGCUGCAAUGGCUGCAUUGGGAGGCAUGGGAAGCAUGGGGAGCAUGGGGAGCAUGGGCGGGCUUGGGGGACAGCUGGGAGCGUCGCCAUUAGUGGGGCAGCAACCGGCAUCGCUGCCAGGGCCUUCUCUCUUUAUAAGCAACCUGCACUACAGUGUCACAGUGCAGGACCUGACGGAGUAUUUCAUGGUGCAUGGUGCGGUGCUAGGAGUGGACAUGUUUCGAGACGAAAAGGGGCGAUCCAGAGGCAAGGCGUGCAUUCAUUUCUCCAGUAGCACGGAAGCUGCCAGAGCGGUGAGUCCCCUCUGCCCCCAUUCCCCCGUAUCCUCCCUCUCUCCCACCUCUCCUCGUGCCUCGCGUCCCCAUUUUCAAGUCGAAGCACUUCCCAGUCUGCUGUUAUCCCCUUCCGUAUUCACCUUUCAGUCGUGCCUUCUCACCUCUCUUCACCCCUCCUCACUUCUUGCCACCUAUCCCCACCUCUCCCCCCCUCUUCCCACCUCUCCCCGCGUCCCCCCACCGCCUCCCACCAUGCUGCGCAUGCAUCGACCCCAGCUCGCAGCCACCAACGGCAAGCCUUUCAGGGGGCGUCUGCUGGUAGUUAGGGAGGACAGUGGCGGCCGCACUGCUGCCUCUGCUUCUACCUCUGCCUCUGCCUCUGCCUCUGCCUCCUCUCUCUCCGCCGCUGCCUCGUCUGCCACGGGCUGA